CCAGCGGACCUGUGUGUGUGUAUGUGUGUGUUAUGUUGCUGUGGAUGUCGGUAUAGCCGCGCGGCUCGGCCCUACCUGUCUGUGGAUUGUUGUAGAUUUAGAAACAGCAGCAGCAUGGGAUCAGUAAUGUAUGAGAUCAUGCAGCAGGAGAUCAGGCCCCUGCUCGCUGUCGACAUCAUAGAGCAGCUUCAUCGCCAGUUUGCCUUGCUGUCAGGCGGGCGAGGGAUAGACGGCGCCCCCAUCAUCACUUUCCCAGAGUACUCAGGCUUCAGUGAAGUGCCAGAGGACGACUUCCUCAAUGUAGUUACAUACCUGACCAGCAUACCCAGCUUGGAUGCUGCCAGUAUCGGCUUCAUCAUCAUCAUCGACCGACGGAAGGACAAAUGGAGCGCAGUGAAGGCUUCUCUAUCCAGGAUUGCAGGGGCGUUUCCAGGGAACCUGCAGCUGGUCUUGGUGCUAAGGCCAUCCAGGUUCUUUCAGAGAGCCAUUGCAGACAUCGGGAUCAAACUGCACAAAGAUGACUUUAAAAUGAAGGUACCGAUUGUGAUGCUGAACUCUCUGUCGGACCUGCAUGGCUACGUGGAUAAAGGACAGCUGACCCGAGAGCUAGGAGGAAGCCUGGAAUAUUGUCACAGUCAAUGGAUACACCACCGAACUGCCAUAGAGAACUUUGCUAUGACGGUGAAAACCACAGCCCAGAUGUUGCAGAAGUUUGGGACAGACCUGGCUGAGACGGAGCUGCCCAAUGACGUCCAGUGCACCAAAGACCUGCUCGCUGCACAUACAGACAAACACACCAACCUCAAGGAUGAACUGAAGCUAGCUCUGAAGCAGGGCACCACCUUAUUAGGCUGCAUCAAGGAGCAGGCAGCCAAGUCAGAGAGCCACAAACUCAACCCGGAUGAGAUGGAGAACCAAACCACUGUGGAAAGGCUCCUUGCCCAGCUGGAUGAGACGGAGAACGCCUUUGAACAGUUCUGGUGUAAACACCAUCUGAAACUGGAACAGUGCCUGCAGCUACGUCACUUUGAACAGGACUUCAGAGAGGUGAAAGUGUCUCUAGACAGUCUGAUGGAAAGUCUAACCGGCCUAUCAGACAUCGGAGACUGUGUGGCCAGAGUUGAACAGCUUCUGCAGGAACUGAAAGCUUUGGAGGAGAAAGCUCAGCCAACAGUAGAAAAGGCCCAACUCCACGCACUGCAUGGUGACCAGCUGAUCCAGAGCAACCACUACGCCGUGGACUCCAUCCGACCCAAAUGCGUGGAGCUCAGACGGGUCUGUGACGACUUCAGCAACGAGGCCAAGAAGAAGACGGAUGUCCUGUCCAAAUCCCUGCAGAUACACAUGGGUAUUGAUAAGGUGAACCAGUGGUGUGAGUCUGGCAUCUACCUGCUGGCCUCCCAGGCUGUGGAUAAAUGUCAGUCUCAGGAGGGAGCAGAGUCAGCACUGACCGAUAUCGAAUCCUUUCUGGACUCUGCAGAAAAGAACCAGCUGACUGAACUGAGGAACCUCCACAAUCAGUAUGAGGUCGUCCUGUCUGAGGAUAUUAAGGCCAGUGUCCUGAAGGCACUGAAGAGACUGGAGGAUGUCCAGGAGAUGUUUGAGAAGCGGCAUGUCAGUCUGAAGAGGUUGUCAGCCAAACAGACGAGGCCUGUCCAGCCUGUCGCCCCAAGGCCUGAGUCCUCUCCCAAACGGCCUUCACUGAAGAAUCCCUCCAGGACCACUGGGAGCCAGCAGCCUCUUGCCCGCAGAGCGUCUGAUAACUCUAACAGCAAGCAGCCGGCUGAGGCCGAUCCCAACAAGAAGAAGAACAUACGCAAGGCCAAAGGUGGCAUCAAGAUUGAGGUGAUGCAUGAAGAAAGCCAAGGAGGUUCCACCCAUGUCGUAGUGUCCAAUGAGACAGAGGAGAGUCUGUCCAGCAGACGCAGACACAUAAUGACUGAGCUGAUUGAAACCGAGAGGCUAUAUGUUGAGGAGCUGCAAAGCAUUAUGGAGGGUUAUUUUGCAGAGCUGGAUAACUCGGAGCUCAGCCACCUCAUCCCCCCGUCCCUAGAGAACAAGAGAGAUGUGCUGUUUGGUAACCUGCCACAGAUAUAUGAAUUUCACAACAGGACAUUUCUGAGGGAGCUGGAGAACUGUGCAGAGAAACCAGAGCUGGUUGGAACCUGUUUCCUGAAAAGAAAAGAGGAGCUGCAGGUGUAUGAGAAGUACUGUCAGAAUAAACCCCGCUCUGAAGUCCUCUGGAGGCAGUGUGGAGACAGUCUGUUCUUCCAGGAAUGCCAGAAGAAGCUAGACCACAAACUCUCUCUGGAUGCUUACCUACUGAAGCCUGUCCAGAGGAUCACCAAAUACCAACUCAUGCUCAAGGAGAUGUUGAAGUGCAGUAAGGGGGAGGGGACGGCAGAGCUGGAGGAGGCUUUAGCCACCAUGCUGGACAUCAUCAAGUCUGUCAACGACUCCAUGCACCAGAUAGCCAUCACUGGGUUUGAGGGAAACCUGAGUGAGCUAGGGAAGCUGCUGAUGCAGGGAUCCUUCAAUGUGUGGACUGACCACAAGAAAGGCCACAGCAAGGUGAAGGACCUGGCAAGGUUUAAGCCCAUGCAGAGGCAUCUGUUCCUGUACGAUAAGACGCUGCUGUUCUGUAAGAAACGAGACGAGACCACAGACGGACACGAGAAGACCCCGUCCUACAGCUUCAAACACUCCCUCAAGAUGAGCGCUGUGGGGAUCACAGAGAACGUCAAAGGCGACAGCAAGAAGUUUGAGGUGUGGUACAACGGCAGAGAGGAGGUCUACAUCAUCCAGGCUCCUUCCAUGGAUGUGAAAAAUAUGUGGGUGUCAGAGAUUCGUAAAGUUCUUACAGGCCAACUAGAAGCAUGCAGAGCAAGCCAACUACACCAGAAGAUCUCAGACCACAUUUACGGAGCCCCGAUGAGGAACAUGCGGAAGAUGGCGCUGAGACAGUCUGAUUCGUCCAGUCCAGAGUCAGGCUUCAGACGGGCCAACCCCAGCCCCAACAUGAGGCAGAAGAGAGCUGAUGCUUCAGCCAGCCAAUCAGGCAACACAGCUGCUAACGCUAGGAAACGCUUCACCUUGCAGGGCCUUUCCAACAGGAGGUCGCUCCCCGCAGACCCUGCUGCUAAGGAGGCAGAGGUCCCCCGCCGCUUCUCCCUCACCUCCUCUCUCGCCUCCUCUUCCUCCUCCUCCUUCGCAACGCGGCGCACAAAAGGUCCCCUCUCUGCUAGCAUAAAGAGCAAGAGACACGAGAUAAAGAGCGAUCCCACUCCAUUUGGUUAUGAAGAUACUUUGCGUGGUGCUAUGGCUGCAGUCAAGAAACGUCAGAGCAUGAUUAGCAGCACCGCCACCGCUGCAGCUGGCGGCACCUCGGCCGUCCCCAGAUCCACCUCCCAACCAGGCUGGACCCAGCGGCGUCUCCCUUCCAUCGACACAGAGGACUUUGAGACGAUCCACUCCAGCGCCGAGGAAUCCUCCAACUCCUCAGAGGAGGAAGGCAGCAAUAAAAACGGAGACAGCAGUCGUUUCCGGGUGCAGCUGACCUACGAGUCCCGUGAAGCUCGAGACCUUUCUCUGGAGUCGGGCGACUUGGUCCAGUUUGUAGAGGAGGCGGAGAACGGUCACUGGCUAGUCAAGAACCUUUUAACAGAAGAGACAGGGCUGGUCCCUUCCAGUAUACUGCACACAGCAUCUGAAGGAGGUCACUCUUUAAGUAACACAGAUAUCUUCAGUGAUCUGUGCACAGCAGCACUCUCCGAUUCGGAGGAAAAUGAAGCCAGUACCUGGGGAGAUGUGUCUCAGGACAGCAGAUAAACAUGGGAGACUUUUGUAGUUCUACAAACAUGUUGGACUACAAACAUUUUCUAUCUUUCGAUGGAUGUCAGACAUGGCAGACAUUUCUUACUGUAGUUUUUCAAACGUAAGCUGGACUUUUAACUAUCAACAAUUACGAGUCUUCUAAUUGUAGUUCUAUAUAUUGGACUACAAAUAUGGCCUGCUCUUGUUUUUCAACUGUAGUUUUUCAUGUUCGACUCACUGAGGCUUCUCAGUGGAGCUUCUUGACAAAGCUGGAACCUUAACAUGCCUGGAUGCCACGGCGGGAAAGCCAUAAAUGCAAGUUUGAAUUCACAGAAGAACGAGGUGUCGUCUGCAUAGAAGCAGACACUGCAUGGAUGUGCACAUUGAACAUUACAUCCUGUGUUGGAUGAAUUCAAAUUAUGUACUGUAGUAAUACAACUACAAAUGCAACUUGUGAGUGGUUGGGUUGGAUACCUGCGAACUCAACCGCAAACUGCUCAUCUCUGAUAGGAUAACCUUAGGGAAACGUGAUAAAGUGCAUGUGCUGGUUGUGAACAGGCCUUUGUGAGGAGCCUUGUUUUGCUGCUACGCUGCUCUGAAGCAAAACUUUAUUAGACCAGGUUCUGCCUCUGCUGCCCUGCUUCAGCUUUUCAGGUUCAAACUACAGACACUUCAUAAUAGCUGCAGUCUCCAGAAGAACCUAGAAGUUGUCUUGCUUGCCUUUCUUCGCUCUGGUGGAGGAACCUACAUAACAUCAUCGCAUUACAUCACAUAUAUUAUCUGAGCGUGCCUGUACUCACAGCCUGAUCUGUAUGAAAUUAUGAAACUGAGAAUCUCCCUUUCAUAUCUGUUUAUUAGCCAGUCCUCUUUUACAUACUGUAUGAUUUACUCUCUGGAAAGGACAUGUGUUAUGGUCUCACAGGUUUUACAACAUGCUAACAUGCUAAAUUAUAUAUACUGACAAGAUAUUUUGUUUGUUAGAUUGUUACUGAACACUCGCAAACUGUGUUGAUGAUGUUCCUUUUUCCUUUAGUUUUUAUAUACAAGUCAAAUAAUCACUCUUCUUCCAGCUGUAUUGUUAACUUGCUGCCUUGUGUCAGCUAGUUUCUCCUAAAAUCAGCUUCCUCCUGAGUCCAGAAACAACACUCAUGAAAAUGGUGGGACCAAAUAGCAAAUUCACAGUCUGUAAGACCAAACCAAAGAGCUAGAAGAGGCUAUAAAGCUUGAGCUGAGAGAAACUGCAGUCGUGUGCUGACUCUCUCAUGGUUUGUUGCUAUCAGUGACCCCUUUCACAUCACAAUCAUGAUAAGUGCAGAUUUAAAAAAGAAA